CGGAGCAUCGCAUCAGACCGCCGGUGGGCGAGUCCCGGGUGUGUCUGUCUGUCUGCCUGCGUCCAGGAGAGCGAGCUCCUUAACAACACCGAGAGGGGAGGGAAAUAAAAUGCUGGGGAAUCGACAGUAGUGACAUAUUCACCACUAUACACUUGUUGUUGUUUUAUUUUUUUGGCUUUUGGCGGAGGACUGAAACAUGAAGAAACAUCACAGCCCCGCGAAGGGACCACUGGAAGUCACCGUGCCAGACACCGAGGCGACCAUACAACAACUCAACAAGCUGCUGUCCAACGGAAGCGGUUUCUACAGCCUCCCAGCACAACAUUUCAACGAGGUCUUUCCCAAGAUUUACAUCGGCAAUGCGUUUGUGGCCCAGAAUGUGAUGCGUCUACAGCGUCUAGGUGUGACACACAUACUGAAUGUCGCAGAGGGAAACUCUUUCAUGCAUGUGAACACCAACGCAGAGUUCUACGCAGGAACUGGUAUCACUUACCAUGGCAUACAGGCCAAUGACACUGAGCAGUUUAACAUCAGUGCCUUCUUUGAGGAAGCAGCAGACUUCAUCGAUAAGGCUCUUGCACAUGGAAAAGGAAAGGUGUAUGUUCACUGCCGUGAGGGCUACAGCCGUUCGCCUACUGUCGUCAUCGCUUACCUCAUGCUCCGUCACAAGAUGGACGUACGAGUUGCAACAGCUACAGUAAGACACAAGAGAGAGAUCGGCCCAAAUGAUGGAUUCCUGCGCCAGCUGUGUCAACUCAACGAAAAGCUGGCAAAGGAGGGCAAGUUGAAGACCAAAUGAUAGAAUGUGCUCUACCCCCACAUAUAUUCACAAAUGCAGGCACACAAUCAAACUAGUGUGUACUAUUUCCAGUCCUAGUAUAUUAACAGAAUGUAUGCAUACAUCCAAAGCAUAAGCAUGGAGAUAUACGAAGUGAAUUCCAACACACUCUCACAUACACACUCACACAAAGUGUUGUCAGUGUCCUGAAUAAUUACCCCUGCUUCCAGCUGGCUGGUAAAGGGAACUUUACUGGCAUAUCUGAAUAAUUAAGGCUGUAGAAGGAGCAAGGGCAGCAUUUUAUAUGUCAUCACAACGGUUUUGUUUUUGCAUCAUUCCCCAUGAUAAUAAGGAAUAAUAUUUGUUUUUUCAAUAGCUACACCUAAAGCAUUCCAGUACCCAACUGUUUGUAUAUCUCACAAAUUCAACUUUUGGAGCAUAUUAGCCCAAUUGUCAUCUGAAAAAUUUGAGCACAAUCAUCCUAUGGGUUCCGAUUUACCAGAAACACUGCGAUUGCUCAUCCCAAUUCUAUUUGUAUGUGGUACAAUAUGAUAUUUAGGUAUAAAAAAGCAUGUCGAAUACACCUUUUAACACAUUUACAGACCGACAGCCAGAUUUUUGAUGGCUUUCCAGCAUUUAAAUCAGGAGGUCAAAACUGUUGUGUACCAGCACACACCCCUUUUGCUCACUAAAUUAACAUUCCACUUUGUACCGAAUGGUAGCAUACAAUCAAACAAGAUAUAUCUACAACAAACCAGCUGUAUUUUAUAGCUCAGAUUCAACAGACGCUACAACAGGUUCAACCCGGUUCUAUGCAGCAGUGAUAAUGCAUCAGCCCCAUUAGAUCUUUUUACUCUGGAAUCACUGUCUCACACUGCCAAGUCUCAUGCCACAUUUUGUCCAUCACAAGAUCACAGUCAGCCUUGACCAGAGAGACACAUCCGAUAGAUGGAGAGCCUCUACCAUGCCAACUGCCUAAUGAUGUGCCCUUAUGCAAGGUUUGUUACCUAGAGGUCCAGUGCCACUUCAUACGUUAGCUCAGAGAUCGCAGGAAGCGUGUCAGUGACAUCUGUGUGGUAGAGUGUAGAUCAGAUUUUUAAGGGUAGCUGUCGAAAUAGAUUAGGCUUACUUUGGCUCAGUUUUGUCCUUAAAACAGAAUCACUUCAGCACUGGAAUUGACUAAUUUUGCUGCACUGUUGGCUUGCUUCGGGUUUUAAAGGGGUCAUAUCGUACAUAUUUUUAUCAUUUAAUUAUUUCCCCCGAGGUCCACUUAUAACGUUAGUCCAAUUAAGCAGGCUGUUUUUGCUGCUGUGCCUUUAAGACUUCUAUGUAAGCAUCCUUUUUGCAUGUGAAGUAACUUACAUUGAUGAGUAACUUAUAGUUGUUAGUAUAGUUAAUGCUGUCCAUUGUUCAAUAACAGCAUCGCUGCAGCAGAUUCACAAAAAGUUCUGCAUUGAAAUGUGCUGUUCAAAACAGAUCAGAAUUUAACAGCAGAACUUUCCCACAUUUCACUCUUUAUUAAGUUUUGGAAUAAAAGCAUCCUGCCUACUUUCUCUGUAUAGCUUCUUUGGGACUGUUUUGGCUACACUGAUAUGUGUAUGGGCAGUCGUAUGUUAAAGAAUCAACAUUUUUGACAUCAAAAAUUUCAGUAUGAGACAUUUUUGUAGCUUAGCUUCAGUUUCAUGGUCUUUUUGGACUGGGGAGAAAAUUUUGAUUUCUUAAAGUUAACCCAAAAAAUAAGAUUUCUCUUAAUAUGACCUCUUUAAGAGAACCAGGCAGCAUCACUUUAUUUGGGAUAAGUGCAUGCAAAAGUUUUAAACACAUAGCUUUUUGAAUAAGUCUAAUUUCUCUUGUCAAAUUUGAUUGAUCUAAUUUUAAUAGCGCCUGGGCCUUUACAUUUAUUAUUACUGAAGGAAAAUACUAUAGUACAAAUCGUUGGCUAGAUUAUAACUCAAAGCACUACUUAAGCCUCUUUUUUACAUUUCUAUAUUCCAGAUAUAUACUUGUGUAUACAUAUUUAGAUGUUGACAUAUAUGAAUGUAUGACCUGUCCAUAGUAUUUGUGAUUGACCUUUAUCUAUUAACAUUAUAAAUAUAAAAAAAAUGUAGUCAGCAUCCACUUUACUUUGAAAUGCCAUGAAUGCACAUUUACCCCAAAACACCACCAUUUGUUUCACACACCCAGUUGUUUACCAAAACUUCAGUUUAUUAAACCAAUUUUUAUUUUCGAUUUGAUGGAGAGUGGUGUAAUUGGCUUUAUUCUUUUAUCAUUUACAUUGUAUUAGACUAGAGGAUCAAAGUCUGUUUUCACAGGUAAAACUGUUGCAGGCUACCUCACAACAUUCAUACUACUUGUAGCUAAUCCACAAUUUUGUUGUCUAAGAACAUUUAAAAUAGACAAAUACCUGUAUGUACGAAAGCAUUCAAACUAUAAACAUUCCUUUAAUAUAAUCUGGAGACCUAGGCUUUAUACAACCUAAUCAACUGUAGCUUUUGGAAACCUGUGUGCCGUCACAAAAACAGUGAACCACCAAUGAGGAUGGUCUGUGCCAAUGGCAAGCAAACAGUGGGAGUUUAUCAGUCAUUACAACGGAACUGAAAUCUUCCUGUGCUUUCAGAGAUUUAAGCAGCAACUUUUAACCUCAAAAAGCAACAGUAACACAUUUUGAAUUUCGCAUAUUUGGAAAUUUCAACAUAAAGAUGUGUUUGCCGGCUCUGUUGGCUACAAGGCUUCAGAAGAUGAAGAUGAACACACCCUUUUCUGAACUGGAUCUGAGGAAGGAGAAACACUGCCAUCUGUUGUUGAUAACCCAUGUGUUUUGUACAAACUGGCCUGCUAUGUAUUGCCUUUUAUUCGUAUGUAUCCAAUUCUAUGUUACACAGUGGAUAGUAAACAUUAUAUAUACAGGGAAGAUUAAAUGAAAAUGGUUGUAUACCACUAUAUGGCUUAAUGAUGUCACUAGUAUAUAACAAUGAAUCACAAUGCUGCUUGGUCAUUUUGUAUUUAUGUCUCAAUAUCAAUGUGUUACUUUUGUUUUUAAUUGAACAAACUAAGGUGUCUAAAGUGAUGCAUUUUCGAUGCAUUUGCAUUUUUUGUCAUUGGUGCGAAGUAUUGUCUGUACAAUUAUUUGUUGCUUCUUUGUUUUGUCAAUGCGUACCAGCACAUAGUUGCAUUCAUGUGUGCACACAGACUUGCUCAAACGCUGCUGACUACAUGUAACUCUAUAUUGUCUAUGUGCCGUCUCUUACUCCUGUAUGCUUUGUGUUGUUGCUGUAAUGUGAUAUUGUAAAUGAUUGACCACUUGUUUGUUGUAAAGGAUAUGGAAACCUCAGCAGUUGCAAAUUUGGCAGGAGGGUUUGGCACAAAUGUUCACACUCUCAAAUUAUGUUUUGCAUUUUGAGUCCGGGAGUUGCUUGAUGUGACUAAACAACAAACUUGCGGUUUCGUUUUAAUCUGACUUAAUCAGGAAAGGAAUUACAGAUUGCUUGAAGUGGAGGUCAAAUGAAUGCAUUCAAAUGACACAGGCUGUCUAAACAUCCCACCUUAAAGCCUUAGCCUGAAGAUGGAUUAUAUAUAUUUUUGAUUCAUAUCUUCACUUCACAAAGCCAGGUGUGCAGCUUCUACAGACACGUUGUGAAAUCACAGUUAUUUUUCUUACAUUGGAAAAUGUUCUUUUGUUUUAUGAUGUGUGAAAAUAAAUCGCAAAAAUUAAAA